UCCCUCAGACAACGACCAAUAGAGAAUUAUAUCCUGAAAGGUUUAUACAAUUAAUUUCAUUGAUUAAAUAUUUAGAUCACUCAUCUAUUGAAAACAUAGGAGUGACUUCUGUCAUCAUAAUAUUUAACUAAACCAUGACGUUUAUUAUAUGUUUGUUCACGUUAAUAUUACAGAGUGAAUACUUUACUUUUAGGACAUUUCCGGUAGUGUAGUGCUUUCACAACUUCCAAGAUGGCGGCCACCUUCGUUUCGUACUGGAGCGAUUCAGAUAAUGAGACCAAAUCUCAUGUUAAUCCCGAAAAGGUUGACCCCGAUGCUCUGGCACAUCUUCAACCGUUGAAAUCUGGCAAAACAAUGUCACUGUCUGUCCUCAAUUCAGCUCCUGAGGUCGCCGUAAAGGAGGCUGUGGAGACUGGCGUACAUCUGGACCCCUCUCUCAAAGAGGUCACCUACAACCCCACAUAUGAAACCAUGUUUGCGCCAGAGUUUGGUCCUGUCAACCCAUAUAAAAGUAAACGGAUGGCUGCACCCAGGAAUAUGCUGUCUGGCUAUGCAGAGCCUGCUCACGUCAAUAACUUUAUGUUUGAACAGCAGAGGAGGACCUUCUCCACCUUUGGCUAUGCUCUGGAUCCGUUUGUGGAUACAAGCCAAAACUCCUCCAGUAGCUACAUCGGUGCAGUGGACGAGGCAGAGAAAAAGAAAGGAUUGACUGUGUUUGAGGUUGGCCCAAAGAAGACUGACAAGAGGAAAAAGGUGCAAGGAGGUGAAGCGAAUGACAUUGACAUUGACAAUUACCUCGGGCCCUGGGCGAAAUACGUGGAUGAAAAGGACGGUGCCAAACCAUCAGAGGUGGAACAGAAGGAGCUGGACGAGAUCACAGCCAAGAGGCAGAAGAAGGGAAGGAACGGGGAAGAGGCUCCGGCGGCGGAGAAGACCAUUCUCCAUGUCAAAGAUGCGUACGACUACCAGGGGAGGUCAUACCUCCACGUACCCCAAGACGUGGGCAUCAACCGGCGUACUGCAGACAUCCCAGACAAGUGUUACCUGCCCAAGAAACAGAUCCACGUCUGGUCUGGACACACCAAGGGGGUCAGUGCUAUCCGUCUGUUUCCUGUGUCAGGUCACCUGCUGCUCUCCUGCUCUAUGGACUGUAAGGUCAAGAACUCUGUUGCGGCGGACCGCCACAGUAAAGCAGUGCGGGAUAUCUGCUUUAACAACACUGGGUCUCAGUACAUGAGUGCAGCCUACGACCGCUACCUCAAACUCUGGGACACCGAGACAGGCCAGUGUAUCUCCCGCUUCACCAACAGAAAGGUGCCAUACUGCGUCAAGUUCAACCCAGAUGAAGACAAGCAGAAUCUGUUUGUGGCUGGCAUGUCUGAUAAGAUGAUUGUUCAGUGGGACGUGAGGACAGGAGAGGUGGUUCAGGAGUAUGACCGUCACCUGGGAGCGGUCAACACCAUCACAUUUGUGGAUGAGAACCGCCGUUUCGUCAGCACAUCUGACGACAAGUCCCUCCGCGUGUGGGAGUGGGACAUUCCCGUGGACUUUAAGUACAUCGCAGAACCCAGUAUGCACUCAAUGCCUGCUGUAACACUCUCACCCAAUGGUAAGUGGCUGGCCUGCCAGUCCAUGGACAACCAAAUCCUGAUCUUUGGAGCCCAGAACCGUUUCCGUCUGAACAAGAAGAAGAUCUUCAAGGGCCACAUGGUGGCUGGCAAUGCCUGCCAGGUGGACUUCUCCCCAGACAUGAGCUAUGUGGUGUCUGGCGAUGCGGAUGGGAAGCUUAAUAUCUGGGACUGGAAGACCACCAAGCUCUAUCACCGGAUCAAGGCCCACGACAAGGUGUGCAUCAGCGCCCUGUUGCUGGGACAGACAGAUCAAACUCUGGGACUAGAAACGUGGGGGUGCAGAGGGACUCCCUCUCAUAAUUUAAUGGCAGCUGGUAUCCAGUCCUGUUUUAACUCAGUGUAUAUUUCUACACCAUCUGAAGAGGGGACACUGGUGGAUUGAACUUUGAACUGGUGAUGUUGACAAGCAGCUGUAUACAUUUGAAGUUGGAAGUUUACAUAGACUUAGGUUGGAGUCAUUAACUUGUUUUUCAACCACUCCACAAAUGUCUUGUUAACAAACUAUAGUUUUGGCAAGUCGGUUAAGACCUCUACUUUGUGCAUGACACAAGUAAUUUUUCCAACAAUUGUUUACAAGCAGAUUAUUUCGCUUAUAAUUCCACUGGGGCCGAAGUUUAAAAGCACAGUCAACUUAGUGUAUGUAAACAGCUUGAAAAGUUCCAGAAAGUGUCAUGGCUUUAGAAGCUUCUGAUAGGCUAAUUGACAUAAUUUGAGUCAAUUGGGGGUGUACCUGUGUACG